UGAAUUGGAGAAUUUACAUGUGUGCGAAUAACCUGGAAAUUGUUGUGAUUGUUGAUGUUUUUCACUUGGCAGAAAUUGAGGAUUUUCAGGACAUGAAAGCCAUAAUCCAGAGAGUCACAUCGGCUUCCGUGAUGGUCGAUCAGGAAGUUGUCAGUGCCAUUGGGAGAGGACUGUGUGUUCUCAUUGGGAUCUGCAAGGAUGACACGGCCAAGGAUGUUGAGUACAUUGUGAGAAAAGUACUCAAUAUUCGUCUCUUUGAGGAUGGUUCAGGGAAGAGAUGGUCAAAGAGUGUCUUGGACGAGCAGUUGGAGAUCUUGUGUGUGAGUCAAUUCACCCUGUAUCAUCGCCUCAAAGGAAACAAACCCGACUUCCACCUAGCAAUGCAGGGAACUGAAGCCCAAGACCUGUACAACUCCUUCCUCGGGCAGCUGGGCCAGAAAUACAAUCCAGACAAGAUCCGGGACGGCAAAUUCGGCGCCUAUAUGCAAGUGCACAUCCAGAACGAUGGACCGGUGACAGUGGAAUUGGACUCAGAACCCAAGAGCGGAGACGGCGCAGAGAAGAAUUAG